AUGGCUUCGAAUCCCCCCGGAAGAUGCUGCACCGUCGGCUUCAAGCACGAUGGAACGCCUACCGGCAAGAUGGUCAGGGUCGCCGACAAGUAUGAUGCGUACGUUGCGACCCCGCCUGCCGAUAAUGCACACCAGGGUGCCGGCAUCCUCAUCAUCCCGGACGUCAUCGGCAUCUGGCAAAAUAGCAAGCUCAUCGCCGACCAGUUCGCCGCCAACGGCUACCUGACUCUUCUCCUCGACGUCUUCAACGGCGACCCGCUCCCGCUCAACCGCCCGGCCGACUUCGACAUCAUGGCGUGGAUCGCCAAGGGCUCUGACGGCAACAACCCGCACACCAAGGAGCAUGUUGAUCCCAUCGUGGUGGAGGGCAUCAAGGCGCUCAAGGAGGAAUAUGGUGUUACCAAGCUCGGUGCCGUAGGCUACUGCUUCGGGGCCAAGUACGUCGUGCGGCACUACAAGGACGGCAUCAAGGUCGGCUACGUGGCCCACCCGUCUUUCGUCGAGGAGGGCGAGCUCGAGGCCAUCACGGGCCCGCUGGCCAUCUCGGCCGCCGAGACCGACACCAUCUUCCCCGCCGAGAAGCGCCACCGGUCCGAGGAGAUCCUCAAGAAGGUCGGGCAACCGUACCAGAUCAACCUGUUUUCGCAGGUCCAGCACGGCUUCGCCGUCCGCUGCGACCCAAGCAUCAAGGUGCAGAAGUUUGCCAAGGAGCAGGCCUUUGCCCAGGCCGUCACCUGGUUUGAUGAGUACCUGCUGUGA